AUGUGUUGGAGCAUGCAGCACAUUGUGCUUGCAGCCAAGAACGACACUCCAUUUGGCGAUUAUUACCUUCACGCAUUGGAUGUCGCUCUUACUCAAAUGUGGGGAGAUGCAACUGUCGACCGAAACGUCGAAUUGUCUCUGAUCCGGGAGAUGUGCGCUCUCAUCGAUAUCUGGAUUAAUUCAGGGGAUAAAAACCUUUUUUGGGAAGCAGGGUCGGAUGAUGGUAGUACCCACCACUACACAGUUGCGCUGACGCUUCUCUGGAAUCGGUGGCCACCGGGCUCCGGCACGAAAAACGAAGUCGGGACCAAAGUCAUCAAAGAGGACGCAGAUGGUGCUGUGCAAAACGGGAGCAGCAGCUCCGUCAGAGGGAUCAAGCAUGAAGUCGAUGCCUGUGCGAUCAGAUUAUGUGCAGGGUUUCAUCGGAGUGGGAGCUCUCUUAUCUCAGAUCUCAAAGCUGACAUCCUAGAGCUAUCAUUGCUGCGAUGCACUAUGGUUGGUGUAAGUUAA